AUGAGGAUUGCGAUCGCGGGCGUCCUCGCCGUCAUCGGGCUCGUCAUCGUCUGGCUGAGCUUUGACGACGACUAUGUCGCCAGCACAAAGCCCAACAUCAUCCUGAUCCUCACAGACGACCAGGACAAGGGCACGCUCCACCCCAGCGUGCCGCACCUCCUCCCGCGCACAGCGCAGCACCUCGUCCAAGAGGGCACAUACUACGAAAACUUCUUCGCGCCCGUGUCCGUCUGCUGCCCGUCGCGCGUGUCACUGUUGCGCACGCAGUACGCGCAUAACCACAACAUCACCUAUGUCACCAAGCCGUGGGGCGGGUGGGAGGUGUUCAACAAGUACGGAUAUGUCGGCAAGACGCUCCCCGACUGGCUCCAGCGCGCGGGGUACGACACGUUCUACGUCGGCAAGCUGAUGAACGACCACACGGCGUCCAACUGCCAGUCGCUGCCCGUAUCCGGCUUCACGUCGUCCGACUUCCUCGUCGAUCCGUACACGUACGACUAUUGGAACCCGGGCUUCUCGCGCGACAACGGCCCGGUCAAGGUCUACAGGAACCAGUACAGCACCGACAUUCUCGCGCGCAAGUCGAUCGACUACCUCAAGCGCGCGCUCGAGUUUGACCGGCCCUUCUUCCUGACCAUUGCGCCCAUCGCGCCGCACUCGUGGAUCGACUCGAAGCGGCUCAAGGGCGACGAGAGCUUCAAGAUCCCCUUCAACAUCCCGGCCAGCGCGCCGCGCCACGCCAACCUCUUCGCGACGGAGCGCGCGCCGCGCUACGAGAGCUGGAACCCGGACGAGCCGCACGGCGUGAGCUGGGUCCGCGAGCUGCCCAAGCUCAACACUACCCAAGAAGCCUACCUCGACGAGUUCUACCGCGGGCGCCUGCGCGCGCUGCAAGCCGUCGACGAGCUCGUCGAGCGCGUCGUCCAAAAGGUCGAGAAGGCAGGCAAGCUCGACAACACGUACAUCAUCUACACGGCCGACAAUGGCUUCGCCAUCGGCUCGCACCGCCGGCAGCCGGGCAAAACGCUCGGGUUCGAGGAGGACAUCCACGUGCCGCUUGUCAUCCGCGGCCCGGGCAUCAAGCGCGGGUUCGUCGACAAGCUGAGCAGCUACGGCAUCGUCGACCUGUCGCGCACGAUCCUCGAGCUCGCCGGCGCCAAGACGGACCACGAGAACGACGGCGUCAAGAUCAACCUGCACGACGGGGCCGACGAGGCGGCCGCGCUCGCCCAGCUGCCCGAGGACGUGCCGCCCAACGCGACGGUCCCGGACAGCGCGCACGGCGACGCCCGCCACUCAAUCACAGAGUACUGGGUCCUCGGGGGCGACGAGGGCAUCUACGCCACCGGCCCGCACGUGAACAACACAUACCGCACGCUGCGGGUCCACGACGAGGUCGCCGGGCGCGCGGUCACGUGGAGCUACAGCGUGUGGUGCACGGGCGAGCGCGAGCUGUACGAUCUCGUCGACGACCCGUACCAGGUGCGCAACCUGCUUGCGCCGUUGAACGCUUUGGGGCCGUUCGCGAGCUUCGACGCGGCCGGGGAGAACGGCCGCGCAGUGCUCCCGCGCAGCUUGCAGCGCACGCUCCACCGCCUCGACGCGCUCACCCUCGUGCUCAAGACGUGCGUCGGCGACACGUGCCGCCGCCCAUACGCCGCCCUCUUCCCCGACCACGCGGGCGAGGUCGUCCUCCAGCACGCCCUGCACCGCAGGUACGACGCCUACUUUGAGGCCCUGCCCAAGGUGCACUUCUCCGACUGCCGCCUCGGCUUCCAGACGCGCAACGAGAAGCCCGAGUGGGAGGCAGACCUCGCCUUUCCGGGUCUGAGGGCGCCGCCCGCAGAGCCAUCACCCGUGCCCGGCUCCUCCGCGUCAGACAACCAGGCAGUGUUCGUUAUUCAGUAG